AUGGAAUAUGACCAUGAAAUCACAAGUCAUGACAAUGGUAGAGAGAAGAAGAGAUUUAUGAUUGUUCGGCGAAGAAUGAACAAAAGGAGAAUGAUAAUGUGCAUAAGCAAGAAUGAUCUUCUUCCUCGCUAUGCAAGCAGUGGAAGCAAGCAAAAGUUCACAUCAUCAUCUCCUCCAUGCCAUGUGGUCUUCAAGUAUCUGGUGCCAUUACUAGCUGCCCUGGUCACCAUGCAGUAUCAAUCCAAAGGUAAGGAUCCAUUUGAAGCUCGGCCUAUCAAUAUGUGGUGCUUCUGUAUAGCCACAUCCAUCUACUGCCUCGCUAUGGGAAUAAGAAAUCAAAUUCAAACACCAAAAUACUUGCAAAUACUCUUAAGCCAUGUUAUUCUCGUAGCUGGAGUUCUUUCUUCGGUCUCACUAGGAUCGGUUAUCCUCCCACCACGCUUCCGUGGGCAGCUCAUUAUUUUUGCUGUAUUGGUAUUUUUACCAAUAAUAUUGGCUCGAAAUAUACUCAAGCGUGGAUAUGUUUGGAUCUACAAUGGAGUAACCAAUGUGGCUGCCCUCAUCAUCCCCAAUGUCGUCAUCGGAUGGAACGUGACUGCAGAGCCAAAUCCAUCUCAACCGGCGUAA